GCGAGCGCGUCGCAGCCAAUGAGGUGUGAGGAACGAAAGGCAGUGGCCAAUGAGAUGCUGGGAUGGUCUGAGCGGCCGACCAAUCGGGAAGCCUCGCACCCGGAUAUGAUUGCGGGUUCCGAACCCGAGCUCUGAGAAAGAAGAAUUCCCGCUGCAGUGUCCUGGAGCCCGCGGGCGGGGCAGCCCCUCCGUUGGUGCCUCCCAGGGCGUAGGACAGUCUUGAAGACGCAGGGAGAAUAUGAAUCUCUUACCAAAGAGCUCCAAGGACUUUGGCUCCGUUGACUACUGGGAGAAGUUCUUCCAGCAGCGAGGGAAGAAAGCUUUCGAGUGGUAUGGAACUUACCUGGAACUGUGCGGGGUGCUGCACAAAUACAUCAAGCCCCGGGAAAAGGUGCUGGUGAUUGGGUGCGGUAACUCAGAGCUAAGUGAGCAGCUGUAUGACGUGGGCUAUCAGGAUAUAGUCAACAUCGACAUCAGUGAGGUCGUCAUCAAGCAGAUGAAGGAACGCAAUGCCAGCCGCCGGCCCCAGAUGAGCUUCUUGAAGAUGGACAUGACCCAGAUGGAGUUUCCCGAUGCCUCGUUCCAGGUGGUGCUGGACAAGGGCACCCUGGAUGCUGUCCUGACAGACGAGGAGGAGAAGACCCUGCAGCAGGUGGACAGGAUGCUGGCUGAGGUUGGCCGUGUCCUGCAGGUGGGCGGUCGCUACCUCUGCAUCUCCCUGGCUCAGGCUCACGUCCUGAAGAAAGCAGUGGGUCACUUCUCUCGGGAGGGGUGGAUGGUGAGGGUGCACCAGGUGGCCAACAGCCAGGACCAGGUGUUGGAAGCAGAGCUUCGGUUCCCCCUGCCUGUCUUUGCCUUCAUCAUGACCAAGUUCAGGCCAAUCCCUGGCUCUGCCCUUCAGAUCUUUGAGCUGUGCGCUCAGGAACAGGGCAAGCCUGUGCGGCUGGAGAGUGCCGAGCGGCUGGCUGAGGCGGUGCGGGAGCGGCAGCAGUAUGCCUGGCUGUGCAGCCAGCUGUCCCGCAAGGCUGGGCUGGGGAGUCUGUCCCUGGACUUGUGCAGUGGGGACACGGGGGAGCCACGCUACACCCUCCACGUGGUGGACAGCCCCAAUGUGAAACCAUCGCGGGACAAUCAUUUUGCCAUUUUCAUCAUCCCCCAGGGUCGGGAGACUGAGUGGCUCUUUGGCAUGGAAGACGGCCGGAAGCAGCUGGCGUUGAGCGCUGGCUUCAGGAGGCUGAUCACCGUGGCGCUUCACCGAGGUCAGCAGUACGACGGCAUGGACAGCAUCCAGGCCGAGCUGUCGGCCAGAGUCAUGGAGCUGGCCCCGGCCGGGAUGCCCGCCCAGCAGCAGGUGCCCUUCCUGUCUGUGGGGGGGGACAUCGGGGUCCGGACUGUUCAGCACCAAGACCGCAGCCCUCUGAGUGGCGACUACGUCGUGGAGGACGUGCAGGGUGAUGACAAGCGGUACUUCCGGCGACUGAUCUUUCUCAGCAACAGGAACGUGGUGCAGUCGGAAGCCCGGCUGCUGAAGGACGUGUCUCACAGAGCCCAGAAGAAACGGAAAAAGGACAGGAAAAAGCAGCGGCCCGCUGAUACUCCAGAGGACCUCCCUGCAGCCCCAGGGCAGUCCAUUGAUAAGAGCUACCUGUGCUGUGAACACCACAAAGCCAUGGUCGCCGGCCUGGCCUUGCUGAAAAACCCGGAGCUGCUCCUAGAGACUCCCCUGGCAUUGUUGGUCGUAGGCCUGGGAGGGGGCAGCCUCCCCCUCUUUGUCCACGAUCAUUUCCCAAAGUCCUGCAUCGACGCUGUGGAGAUCGACCCCUCCAUGUUGGAAGUGGCCACACAGUGGUUUGGCUUUUCCCAGAGCAACCGGAUGAAGGUCCACAUUGCAGAUGGCCUGGACUAUAUUACCAACCUGGCGGGAGGAGCAGCACGGCCUCACUACGACGUGGUCAUGUUUGAUGUAGACAGUAAGGACCCAACACUCGGAAUGAGUUGUCCACCCCCAGCGUUUGUGGACCAGCCCUUCCUGCAGAAGGUCAAAAGCAUCUUGAAUCCCGAAGGUGUCUUUAUCCUUAACCUCGUGUGCCGAGACUUGGGGCUAAAGGACUCAGUACUGGGGGGGCUCAAGGCGGUGUUCCCCCUUCUCUAUGUCCGGCGAAUUGAGGGGGAAGUGAACGAGAUCCUGUUCUGUCAGCUGCACCCCGAGCAGACACGUGCCACGCCAGAGCUGUUGGAAAUGGCCCAGGUGUUGGAGCAGACCCUGAGGAAGCCAGGGCGGGGUUGGGAUGACACGUAUGUCCUGUCAGAUAUGCUCAAGACUGUGAAGAUCGUGUGAUCGCUGGCCAUGCGGCCCUCUCAGCUUCCUUCCCGACUGUCCGUGGGCUCCCGGCCUGCCAGACACUGAAGAACUAGCAGGCUCAAAACUUUUCAAGACUCGUGUUUUUCUCGGCUUCCCACUCAACCGCAUGCGACCUCCACUGGGUGAGGUUGCCUGAAGACUUGGGAAAAUAAAAAUGUUUUUCCCAUCCUGUCCUCUUCACUUCCACUUGGGUUGGUCGCCUUUGCUUCCCAUAUGGUCCUUGAGUAGGAUUCCCGGCUGGAGCCCCCAGCACAGGCGACACCUUCACGCGUGUACACCAAGCUCCCAGGACUGGAGACGGUCAAACAUGAUGGCUGGUUUGCUUGUGCUUUGUUCUCCCGUAGGUUCUGUGGGAAUGACCUCAGUUCUGUGCCAAAAGAUCAUAAACAGAGUAGGGUCUCCGUAGACGUGAGGCGGAUUUGAGAGAGCAUCUCUCCCCACGUGGAAGUGCCGCUAACAUGUCCCCAAGGUUUGCGAAUGUGCUAAUCCACUCUACUAUGUAGUAGCUUUUUUCAACUCGCCAAACCUUGUCGCCUAAGCGCUUUGCUCUCUCCUCAGUGGAGGGAGUGGAUGUAACUGGCCUCGUGACUCGGGGGGGGCAGAGACUUAGCAGAUUGAAGUCUCACGUUGAGUGGCAGCUACAUGCCAGACCCAGCAUACAGAGCUGGGGUGGAAGUAAAGAUCUUUAAGAAUGGCCAAAACGCAUGGGUCAGGGCUAAAAGUUAACAAGUUUCAGGAACUUUUCUAAGUGAUUUAUAUUCACUGUUUCCUUUAAUCUGAUAUAAAGGAUAAUUAAACCAAAACCACGUCUGAUCCCCAAUCUCACCUGAGCCAGAGCAUCAAUCUUACCUGUUUAUUGAAACUGUUACACCAGCAGUUCUGAGAUUGGCUAGAAUUUCACCUCUCUAGUUAUGCCAAGUCUGAAUUAAUGAGCGGUGCUAUGGAAAAGAGGCACUGUCACUACCCCCCACCCUGGCUUCUCUUUCCACAG